AUGGCUUCAGAGAAGGCCUCUUCUUCCAUCAACCAAGGACUCACUUCAGAAGAAAUUUCUGCCACAAAUGGUACAAGUAAAUCCAAUUUGGGGAAAGAACUAGCAAGGAGAGCAAUAUUGAGAUCACAUCUACGCAGAAAUGGGAAAAGAAAAAUUGCAAGUAAUAGCAUUAAUGCCAAAUUAUUGCCAAGUAGGUUAAGUAAAGUUUCUUUGGGAGAUCAAGAUUCUUCAGAAUGA